AGCUCAAGAGAAGUAGCACGCAGAAAGUGAAAGAAGAGAAAGCAUCAAGUCAUUCACUACUUGAGCAAAAUCCCUAAACCCCACAACUCUUUCACAGACAAAAAAAAAACGAUGAGUGCUUUAGAAGAAUCGAAGGUCUCUAUUGUUUUGUGGCUUCUCUGCUUUUCAAUCUUCUUCACUUCAAGUCUCCAGGCAAAUGAGCUAACAACACCAUCUAAAGAAGAAGGAGAGAUGAGGAUGGUGCCAUUAAUGGAGGAGAAGUAUAUGGUGAUGAAUGAAACAAGAAGGAAGCUUGGGAGUUUCCAGAUAUGUUCAGUUUGUACUUGUUGUGGAGGUGCAAAAGGACUUUGCUUGCCUUUACCUUGUUGCUUUGCAAUCAACUGCAACAUCCCAAAUAGACCCUUUGGUUAUUGCUCCUUCACUCCCAAAUCUUGCAAUUGCUUUGGUUGCCACAUCUGAUAUCUUUCACUGGAUAGAGGAAAGUAAAUCGACAUCUUGAUUUCAUCUGCAAAGUGUGAAAGGGAAGAAAAAAAUAAAUAUGUGUUCUUGGUUUGGUUCUUUAUUUUUAUAUUUUUGUUCAUAAUUCUAUAUUCAGCUUUCAUUAAAUUUCAUUACCUACUAGCUUCAGCAACAUCAUCAUCCUCAUUAAUUAAUUAUCUUCUUUUUGCAUUGCCAUCUGAUAGAGAAACUAGGGCCUUUUAUGGAGGAUCUUGUUCACACUUCAAGCUAGAUUUGUUUUUCUUUGCCUCUCUUCAAUCAGUUUAUGUAUCUGUUUUUUUUUUCCUUCUUCUGUUUACUCCAGUUUGUUUCUCAUGGGUUAGUAUUUUAUCACCAGGAUUGUACUUGUAGCAUAUUUUGGGAAGGGUCUUUUGUUUUGUUAAGUUGGCAAUUGGAAGAUUAAUAUGAUGAUGAUGAUGAUGGUGGUGGUGUUGAUGGUGUUGGUAGUAAUGUUGAAGCUGGCUGUUAAAGCUAAGCCUUUUGUGAUGAGUGAUAUGUUAAGAUUAUUAAGAAUUGGAUAAAGUUAAGUAAUUA